UGAAAUCCCAGCAUUCCGCGCCCGCCCAGUCCUUCCGGCCCGGGCGCCAUAACCAAGAAAAAUGGCAAUCAGGUAUCCUAUGGCAGUUGGCCUGCACAAAGGUCACCCCGUUACCAAGAAUGAGGCAGGCCCAAGGCAGAGCCGCAGACGAGGGCGCCUGACCAAGCAUACCAAGUUUGUCAGAGAUCUGAUCCGCGAGGUCUGUGGUUUUGCCCCUUAUGAAAAACGUGCAAUGGAAUUGCUGAAGGUCUCUAAAGAUAAGCGUGCACUCAAAUUCAUUAAAAAGAGGGUUGGAACCCAUAUUCGUGCCAAGAGGAAGAGAGAAGAACUCAGCAAUGUAUUGGCAGCAAUGAGAAAGGCAAGCAGCAAAGAAAGAUUAAUCUGUACUACAUUACCAAUAAAAUUCAUUUUUAAUGUUGACUUGUGAA